UGCAAACCAACGAGUCAACCCAAACACAAGACACGCAACAGCAUUUGAAAAUCAUUUUCUUUGUCCCGACUCUGCCUCCUCGCUCAUAAACUCACGUGACUCGAAAAGCAGAAGAAACCAUUUGGUUUUCUCAGGCAAAAAUCCAACAUUUCUCAUCAGAUUUGCAAUUUCAGGGGUUUUUAGGUCCUUUGAGCUGCAGUUGCUGUUUUCUGUCGUUAAAUUUCUUGUAAGAUUGAUAAUCCAGAGAAAAUCUAAUUCCUGAAACCCCCAAAUAUACCAGAAUGUCCCUAGGAAAAUCCAGUCCCUAGAAUCUUUGAUUCCUCUACCCGAAAUCGCAUUCUGUAACCCGAAAUGUUGUUUGAAUUCGGUUUUGAGGAAAGAGGAUUCAUACUUCUUUGACACUACUGUUCUAUUGAGAUCAGGGGUCAGGUAUCUCUUCGAAUUUUCGGAAAAAUGUCACCUUCCAAUCUAAACACACCUUUAAUCCCUUCAUCAUCGGUGUCCUCGGCCUCAUUGAAGCUUCCCGAUUUCAAACAGUCCGUGAAAUUGAAGUAUGUAAAGCUCGGAUACCACUACCUUAUCACCCAUGGAAUGUACCUGUUUUUAUCCCCUCUUUUUGUUCUCACCGUGGCACAGCUGUCUACAUUCUCACUCCAAGACCUCCAUGACCUUUGGGAUCACCUCAGGUUCAAUCUCAUAUCCGUUGUCCUUUGCUCGACUCUUUUGGUCUUCUUAUUGACCCUCUAUUUCUUUUCUCGUCCAUGGCCUGUUUACCUUGUUGAUUUCUCGUGCUAUAAGCCGGAGGAUGCGCGCAAAGUCACGAGGCAGAUAUUCAUGAACUGUUCCCAUUCGAUAGGAACAUUCACUGAGGAAAACCUCGCGUUUCAACGCAAAAUUCUUGAGAGGUCGGGUCUUGGGGAGUCAACCUACCUCCCUGAAGCUGUUAUACGGGUGCCUCCCAAUCCAUGUAUGGCAGAGGCGAGAAAAGAAGCUGAGAUGGUAAUGUUUGGUGCCCUUGAUCAGCUAUUUGAAAAAACUUACAUUAAACCGAAAGAUAUUGGUAUUUUGAUUGUGAAUUGUAGCUUGUUUAAUCCAACACCGUCUUUGUCAGCUAUGAUUAUCAAUCAUUACAGGCUGCGAGGGAAUAUUAUUAGUUAUAACCUUGGUGGGAUGGGAUGUAGUGCCGGUUUGAUCUCAAUUGAUCUUGCUAAAGAUCUUCUUCGAGUCCACCCGAAUACCUAUGCUUUGGUCAUUAGCAUGGAAAACAUCACAUUGAAUUGGUAUUUCGGGAAUGAUAGAUCGAUGCUUGUCUCAAACUGCUUGUUUAGAAUGGGAGGAGCUGCAAUUUUGCUUUCAAACAAAUGGUCAGACAGACGUCGAUCCAAGUAUCAGUUGGUGCACACUGUUCGGACCCACAAAGGUUCGGAUGACAAGUGCUUCUCUUGUGUUACCCAACAAGAGGAUUUCGCCGGGAAAAUUGGAGUUUCUUUGUCAAAGGAUCUCAUGGCGGUUGCUGGGGAUGCUUUGAAGACCAACAUCACUACCUUGGGUCCUCUUGUGUUACCUAUGUCCGAACAGUUGCUCUUCUUUGCCACGCUUGUUGGGAGAAAACUUUUGAAGAUGAAAGUGAAGCCUUACAUCCCGGAUUUCAAGUUGGCUUUUGAGCAUUUCUGCAUUCAUGCCGGAGGAAGAGCCGUGCUAGAUGAAUUGGAGAAAAACUUGCAGCUUUCGGACCACCACAUGGAGCCUUCGAGAAUGACACUUCACAGAUUUGGCAACACUUCAAGUAGCUCUCUUUGGUACGAACUUGCUUAUACAGAAGCCAAGGGUAGGAUGAAGAAAGGAGACCGAACUUGGCAGAUAGCAUUCGGGUCCGGGUUCAAGUGCAACAGUGCAGUUUGGAAGGCUUUGAGAACUGUGAAUCCAGCAAAGGAGAAGAAUCCAUGGAUGGAUGAGAUCCACCAGUUCCCGGUGGAUGUUCCAAAGGUCUCAGCUAUCUGAUUCCCGUCGACUUUUCCCUGUUCCUCAAGAAUCUGUUAGGGUAGUUGGUUUUCUUGUUCCAAAUCGUUUUCUAUGUAUUUCAUCAUGUUUUCUCAAGUAUGGUUUUUUUGUAGUGAAGGGUUUGGCUUUAGUUAUGAGACGGAUGCCGUUAGACUGGUGAUUUACAGUGGGAUCUUUGACUUAAUUAAUGUGCUUGUGUCCUUAAUUAAUGGAGAUUUGGGUUUGUAAUCGUUUUAAGUAAUUGACAAAAUUACCAUCAAAAUA